CCAGAGCGUCACGGGACGAGGGAGGGAGGGAGAGGAAGGACAGGGAGCGCGAGAGCAAUAGACAUGGCGGCUGUUGUGUGAGCUAGAGUGGCCCCUGGAGAACCUCCGGGCCGGGGCUGGGGUUUAGGGGGGCUUCAGAGCCAUGUCCUACGCCUAUCUCUUCAAAUACGUCAUCAUCGGGGACACCGGUGUUGGAAAAUCCUGCCUCUUGUUACAGUUCACAGAUAAGCGGUUCACAGCUGUCCAUGACUUGACCAUAGGUGUAGAGUUUGGUGCACGGAUGGUCACCAUUGACAACAAAAAGAUCAAGCUGCAAAUUUGGGACACGGCUGGCCAGGAAUCUUUCCGCUCCAUCACUCGCUCCUACUACAGAGGGGCCGCCGGAGCUCUGUUGGUGUAUGACAUCACCAGACGGGAAAGCUUCGACCAUUUGACCACCUGGCUAGAAGAUGCGCGGCAGCAUUCCAGCUCCCACAUGGUGGUCAUGCUCAUCGGCAAUAAGAGCGACUUGGAGAAUCGGCGAGCUGUACGGAAGGAAGAAGGUGAGGCUUUUGCCCGGGAACACGGCAUGGUUUUCAUGGAGACCUCUGCAAAGACAGCAUCCAACGUAGAAGAGGCCUUUCUCCACACAGCUAAAGCCAUCUAUAAAAAGAUCCAGCAAGGCCAUUUUGAUGUUAACAACGAGGGAAACGGCAUCAGGAUCGGCCCCCAGGAACCCACGGGAAGAUCCUCCGGCGGCCACGGUCGUCAGGCCUCUGGAGACCGGUCAGGUUGCUGCUGAAUUUCCCUUGAAGUCCAUCCAGGCUGGGGUACACA